GGAGUCAGCGGCAUGGAGCCCCGGGCGGCGGACGGCUAUUUCCUGGGCGAUGUGGGUUUCUGGGUGGAGCGAACCCCAGUGCAUGAAGCAGCCCAGCAGGGUGAGACUCUGCAGUUGCAGCAGCUUAUUGAGAGUGGCGCCUGUGUCAACCAGGUGACAGUGGACUCCAUCACACCCCUGCAUGCGGCCAGUCUGCAGGGCCAGGCCCAGUGCGUGCAGCUCCUGCUGGCGGCUGGGGCCCAGGUGGAUGCCCGCAACAUCGACGGCAGCACUCCUCUCUGUGAUGCCUGUGCCUCAGGCAGCAUCGAGUGUGUGAAGCUCUUGCUCUCCUAUGGGGCCAAAGUCAACCCACCCCUGUAUACUGCCUCCCCACUGCACGAGGCCUGCAUGAGCGGAAGUUCCGAGUGUGUGAGGCUUCUUAUUGAUGUUGGGGCCAAUCUGGAAGCACACGACUGCCAUUUCGGGACCCCUCUGCACGUUGCCUGUGCCCGGGAACAUCUGGAUUGUGUCAAAGUGCUGCUCAAUGCAGGGGCCAAUGUGAAUGCAGCCAAGCUUCACGAGACAGCGCUUCACCACGCAGCCAAGGUGAAGAACGUUGACCUUAUCGAGAUGCUCAUCGAGUUUGGAGGCAACAUCUACGCACGAGACAACCGGGGGAAGAAGCCCUCUGACUACACCUGGAGCAGCAGUGCACCCGCCAAGUGCUUUGAGUACUAUGAGAAGACUCCCCUGACGCUGUCACAGCUCUGCAGGGUGAGCGUGAGGAGGACUGCUGGCGUCAGAGGGCUGGAGAAAAUUGCCAAGCUGAACAUUCCCUCUCGGCUCAUCGAUUACCUAUCCUACAGCUGAGUGGGCUGGUGACCCCAGCUGCUGGCUUUGCUGAACUCAGCAUCCAGCUGCAGAGGGCUUCUGCUUUGUUGCCUGAAACUGUACAGUUAUUCUAGAUAGAACAACAUUCCCUGAGUUCCUUUCAGCCUCCUUUGCAGACUCCUGGAGACUAUUCCAAGCAUUGAGAAGACCCUGCUUCAGCUUCUGCUGUGACCCCCCUGCCGGCUCUCCUGGAACCUCACUCUAACUCCGGCAUGGUCCCAGCUGUCCAGUUCUCUCUCCACUGACCUUCCUUAGAGGAACUUUCUAGAAAGAUUUCUGGCAGCUCUAGGGAAGGACAGGCAGGCUGAGGGCCAGGGUAAUGCUUUGGAUUUCCAUAUGCCUUAGGUAUGCUGUAGAAGUCCUCAAGGGCCUCAAAGGCCUAUUGUCCAUCUGAUUCACCCUAUGGGGGGGCCCUGAGUUUUCAAAGUGGGGACCCUGAACCUCAGAGGCUAGGCCUGGGGUUGUCAGGUCCUGACCAUGUGGCCUGGGUUGGCUGUUUUGCUGACAUCCUGCCACUUGAAUGCUAUUUUCUGGAGUCAUGGUUGGCACUUUUCAAGGCCCAAGUAUACCCGUGCCCAGGUAUACCCUUCCCCAGGGAGCUUUAUAUAAGUCUUAGUGGGAUGAAGCUCAGGUUUUUAAUUCCCCACAAUAAGCACAGUGUUUCUUCAGUUUUAAGUUUCAAGUCUUUAAAAAAAAAAAAAAAAAAAAACUUUGAGAGGAUAUAUGGGUUGUACUGCUUAGGUUUUAGCAAUAAGUCUUUAAAAUAAAGAAUAAGAUGAAAGUUUAUUCACACAUAUUACCAUGAGGAAUUAAUGCAGAGGACUUGUAGGGAACUCUUCAGGAAUUACUCACCUGUUUCUACAGUUGCCAGGUGAGUUCUUGUGCGACUCUAAGUUUUGGUAACUCCGUGAAGCUCCAAAAUUGGUAGAUGAGGUUGACAGCACUCAGUGGAUACAGCACCCAUUGAUUCACUCAUUUUGUAGAUACGUAUGGGGCAUUGAUUAAGUGUAAGGCAUUUCCACAAGUUUUGAACUGGAUAGGAAUCAGACUCAUCAUCCUAGGCAGGGAGAGAAAGGUUUUGCAAUCUGACCCUAUAAUAAUAGAAACAAGUCAUUGUACAUUACAAACCAUGAAAUGAACUAUUAAGUAGUAUAGCCAGAAUGCAUUUGCCUGCCUAUGAUUCUAUAACUUAAAAAAAAAAAAAUGAGGAAGUUAAAUUAGAUGACCUUUGUAUAAUUAGUUUGGGUACAUUUAAUUUCUGGGAACAUGGAGGAGGCACCACUUGAGAACGCUGUGGUGCAUCCUGUCCUAAGCGUGUCCCCUGAAAUGUGAACAUCACCAGAUUCUCACAGGUGGGCCUAGACCCCUCACUCCCAGAGUGUGUGGAAUCCAACAGUCCUGAAUUGUCCAGAGACGUCUCUUCACAGGGUUCAUUUGAUGGACCCCAGAUCUGGUGACCGUUUCAUCCUGCCUGCUGUGGGUAUUUCCCAUCUGUUCUGUUUCAGCUAUGGUUAUGGUGGUGCUUCAUCUUAUGUUGGGAGUAAGGGCCACUCCAGUUGGGUUACAGUCUUAGAUACAAUUCUGGGUAAAUUAGUGUUUCUGCAUGUACAAAGAAUGGUGAAAAGCAAAGUGGUGGGUUCUCUCCUUUCAUCUUUCUAAUAGAAAGUUGCCUCCAGUGAGGUUGCAUCUCCAUACCCUGUGUGCAGAAUCUGGGCCCCACAUUACUGCUCAAUAAAAGUUGUUGA